CAUCUUCAAAAAAAAAUUACACGGCAAAAGAUAUAUUCCUUUCGUCAUUAUGGCCGAACAAUCAAAGCAGCCAUUCAUCGUAAUGGCUGCCCACGCAGUCAACGGCCAUGUUCAACCCAUCCGCCUCGUCGCCAGCGAACUAAUCAAGCGCGGGUACGAAGUCACAGUCCUCCUCCCCAGCGCCUACAAAGAAUCAUUCGAAAAGCAAAACCUCACAUUUGUGCCCCUUACCGGGAUAGCCGACUACACAGAAAAAGAUUUCGACACCCUGCAACCCGAACGGAAAUUCUGGCCCCCAGGUAUCCAUCAGAUGGCCUAUCGAGCUAUCGCCCCGACCCGCGCCAUAUUCCGCCAGUCCAAAGGCUUGCAAGCCAUCUUUCGAGAUCUCAAGGCCCGAGAUCCGGAUAGGCCUAUUGUCAUGGUGCAGGAGUCGUACUUUCGAGGAAACGUCCCUAUGCUCCUCCGCAUCCCGGGCCUCAUCCACGUGCCGGUUAUCUCUCUCGGCGUGACUCCUUACAUGAUGCCCAGCAUGGACUUCCCUCCUCUCGGCGUGCGCGCAUUCCCAGACACCUCGGAAGAGGGCCGAGCAAAGGCAAAAGCCCAGACGCAAGCCCUUCUGCCGCACCUUGAAAGAGCUCAACGGGAAUUCCGCUGGGUGCUGGAGGAUCUUGGAAUGGGAGAAGGGACGAAAUUUCCUAAUCUGAUGGAUCAUUUCCAGCUCCCUGAAGCGUAUCUACAGAUGUGUAUUCCUAGUUUGGAGUUCCCCAGAAGUGAUGCACCGCCGAAUCUCAAAUUCAUCGGAGGCGUGUGGGCGAGUGAUGUUGAUGAAUGGACAGCCAAGCCAGCUUGGUGGGAUGAUCUGGGAGGGGAAAUCAUUUCUGUCACCCAAGGGACCUUGGAUCUUGAUUACACGGAAUUGAUAAUUCCUACUAUCGAGGCUUUGAAGGACAGAACCGAUUAUCCCGUGGUCAUUGUCCUUGGAGUUAGAGGGGCGACGCUCCCAAAGGAAAUCACCAUUCCUCCUCACAUCCACGUGAUGGACUACGUCCCGUACACAGAACUCCUGCGAAUCUCCAAGCUCUUCAUAACAAACGGCGGAUUCAAUGGCGUGCAACAGGCCAUCGCUGCAGGUGUUCCGAUUCUCAAGGCUGGGAAUGAUGGAGACAAGAUGGCGACGGGGAAUAGGAUUGAAUGGGCUGGAUGUGGACUCGAUCUUUGGACGAGUCGGCCGACGCCAGUGCAGAUUCAGGAAGGUAUUGAUACUGUACUGACGGAUCCGAAGUAUAAGAAGAGAGUGCUGGAGAUGCAGGAGGAGUCGAGGAAGUUUGAUCCGAUUCAGGCGAUUGAUGAGGAGAUUAAAGCGGCGGCGAGUGGGAAGUAUGAUGGUAGAGUUCCGAGUUGGAAAAGUUUCUAUGAUUAGCCGAGCUUGAAGGUUAAGGUACAGGUACUGUAUAAGCAUCUCAGUGGUUCCUUGAUUAAGGAAGGAUGCAUCCGUUCUUAUUUUAAAGUUCUGGGAGCGAGGAAAGUUAACAGAAGUUAAUGUUGUGUAUCGGAAAACGAUUUUCGUCCAAGAUGUGAUCAUCUGGUUUCUUGAGCCCUGCGCCACAUUCCAGAAGUGUACCAACUCUGCAUUUCGACUGCGCUGCAAAUUUGGAAUUCAUAAUAAAUGUCAUGUAAAAGCGUGAAUACUUGAAGGAGCCGGCGCUGCUCCUCCUUCGCCUCGCUUGGGA